AUGUCGGACGAUUCAGUCCUCAUCCACCUCCCCCUCGCCUCCCCCGGUCACAACGCUCCCGCCACCAAAAUGUCUCUCGACGAUCCCUCCGCGCCGAUUUCCCUCUUCGCGCCGCAAAUCAGCCCAGCGCCGCCGUUCUGGGCGGCGCUCGACGCCAUGCACGGGCUCGACCCGGGCGGCGCGAGCGCGUGCUUCACCUCGUCGGAGCGCCUCUCCGACACAGAGUUCGCCGACGACUUCGAUCCGUCAUCUCCUCCCGGCCCGUCAUCUUUUCUGACAGCCGCCGACGACAUGGAGGCGCGCCUCUCCCGCCCGUCCCCGCACACGCGGAUCCCAGAGGCGGAAACUCCGCGCAAGAGCGGAGGGGGGGCGGGAGGGGACGGCGCAGGCGGAAUGUGCUGGUCGCCGGCGUGGCUGCCGAGCGAAGACGACAUUUUCAACGACCCUAUCAGCGGCGACAGCACAAUGCUGCACGAAGCGCCGCCUUUCGCGGGAAACAGCGGCGGAAGUGGCGGAAGCCGCGGGUACCAAGGGGAAAGCGGACCGGGGAUGGACACUGGGGCGAUGCCCACCGGAUCUGGCGGCGGGAAUCGCGGGAUGGGGGGUAUGAGUGGCGGGAAUAGUCCGUUUGGAGUUAAUCUGUCCGGGACAGACUCGGCGGGUUUGCUGCUCUCGCGCACUUCGCCGAUGCCUGGGAUGACCGUGCAGGAUCUAAUAAUGGCCGUUGAUUCGGUGAGCUUCGCCACCCCUGCGCCGCACGGCAGCCGGGCGAUCGGCGGCGGAUCGGACGGCGGGUCGUUCAACAACGCCCUUUCGUACACUAACGGGCCGUCUAGCAACAACGCGCCGUCAUCUUACACCAAUGCGCUCUCCUACACUAACGGCCCGUCAUACGCCGCCAACCAAUCACCUGAGCCUUGGUCCCUCACCUCCUAUUACGACACGCCCGUUUCCGAUAUCCUCUGCGAGACCGGCCAGGCCUCCACGUGUCCGUCUUCCAUUGGCCCGUCGUCCACGUCGGAUGUUCGUGUCUCCCCCACGCCUCAGAGCGACCUGUUUCCGGGAAAUGCUGGGCCCGCUCCGAUCGUCUGCUCGCCUAGUACUUACCGCGGGCUGGCUUAUAACGAGGCUCGGCGGGCAGUGCGGGGCAACCUGAUGGACCGCCUUAACGCGCGGGAAAACGACACGCGGCCGCUGGAUGCGCCGCAGCAGCCGCUGGAUGCGCCGCAGCAGCCGCUUCUGCAGCAGCAGCAGCAGCAGCAGCAGCAGCAGCAGCAGCAGCAGCAGCAGCAGCAGCCGCAGCCGCAGCCGUACAACGCUAACAGUCAACAGCAGCAGAUGCAGUCGCAGAUGCAGCAACAGCAGCAGCAGGCGCAGUACGGCAUGUCGGCCCAGCAGCAGUACCAGCAGCAAAUGCACCUACCGCCACCGUCGCAGCAGCAGCAGCAACAGCCGCAGCAACAGCAGCAGCAGCAGCAGCAGCAGCAGCAGCAGCAGUAUCAGCAGCAACACCACCAGCAACAGCAGCAGCAACAGCAGCAACAGCAGCAGCAACAUCAGCAACAGCACCAGCAACAGCAGCCGCAGCACCAGCAACAGCAGCCGCAGCAGCAGCAGCAGCAGCAGCAGCAGCAGCAGCAGCAGCAGCAGCUAUACCAGCAGCCAGAGCUCAAGCGUCUUUCACAGACACAGCAGCAGAGGCAACAGCAGCAUCACCAGCAGUAUCAGCAGCAGCAUCAGCAGCAGCAGCAGCAGCAGCAGCAGCAGCAGCAGCAGCAGCAGCUAUACCAGCAGCCAGAGCUCAAGCGUCUUUCACAGACACAGCAGCAGAGGCAACAGCAGCAUCACCAGCAGUAUCAGCAGCAGCAGCAGCAGCAGCAGCAGCAGCAGCAGCAGCAGCAGCAGCAGCAGCAGCAGCAGCAGCAGCAGCAGCAGCAGCAGCAGCAGCAGCAACAACAACAGUAUCAGCGCCAGCAGCAAGACCAACUGCAGCAUCAGCAGCAACAGCAGCAGCAACAAUAUCAGCGUCAGCAACAGCAGCAGCAGCAGCAAUAUCAGCGCCGGCAGCAGCAGCAGCAGGUGCGAGAAGGAGCAGCAAAGCCAAUGCUCCUGGGAUCCUUCCUGCCUUUCAUGCAGAGAAAAGCUUCCAGCGGGGGGACGGCAAUAUCAGGCCCAGCAGCAGCAGCAGUGCCGCUGGGAGCAAACACCACCGGCCUCACUGCUGCCAGUUGCAGCGGUGGCGCCUCUGCAUGCAGCAUGGUGGCGCGCGUGGCGGUGCCACUGGGCACCUCGUGCCGCCAGCGCUACAGCCGCCGCUACAGGCCCCGCCACAGAGCUUCGUCUAACUCACCACCACUGGCAGCACCAGCAGCACUGGCACCAGCGGCAGCAGCAGCAGGGUCGCCCGCUUUCUCUAACGCCAGCACGCCUGUUAUUGCCGCCGCUGCUGCUCCCCGUGCUCCGCCCAUUCCCCUCUCUCACGCGCCCCUCUCCCUCCCUGCCUCUCGCUUCGGCAACAGCAACAGCAGCACCUCCAACACACGGCCCCAUGACGUCCGUGGGCAUGCCGGCAGCGCUGGCAACGGAGCUGUGACUGUGAAAGAAGAGGCGACUGGUGCAGGCGCACCCGGGGGAGGUGCAUCUGAUGGAGCAGGUGCGUCAGGAGCAUCUAGAGCAGGUGCGUCUGUGGACCUGACUUGCGAGGAGGACGAGCUGAAGCUGAGCCUGGAUGCUGCUGAGGAAAACGAGGGUGGGGCAGCAGCAGGAGGAGGAGGAGGAGCAGGAGGAGGAAAGGGAGGCGCAUUCAAGCACACAAUAUUGAAGAACGACCCUAACCCCGCAGGGCACAAUGACACGGUGAUGCAGCUGCAGUACGCGGGAGGCAACGGGCCGCUGGGCUUUGGAUACAAGAUGGUUCCCCGAAGCGCUUCAAUCACCACCACCCCUUCCUCCCUCCCCUCCCUGGGCGCUGGCGGAGGCUCAUCAGCAACAGGUUCGGCUUCAGCAGCUGCUGCUGCUGCUGCGCAAGCGGCACGGGGAGCGGGUGACAUGGGCGGGUUUAUGGAUGAUAUGGAGGAGGAUGAGGAUGAUGACAUGAUGGGGGGCGGAUCAGGGUUCAGCCGCAAGCGGGGGUUUGUGCAGAACGCAGCGGCGUCGGCUGCGAGGAAGCGGCGGCACGACAUGAACCACCGCGUCAAGCGCCUCCUGGACCUCGUGCCUGUCUCCAAUAAGAGAGACACGGCAGCCAUGCUGCUGGAGGUGAUACAGCUAGUACAGUCCACCAUCGCUCAGAUCAAGGAAAUAACGCUGGGAGAGGACUGCCCGCCCGCGGAGCGAACAUGUGGGGUGUGUAAGGAGGAGCCACUCUCGUCCCUCACCCACCACGCUGCCUCCUCUGGUAUCAGCCUCGCUGCCUCCGCUGCAGCAGAGAAACAGCAGCAGCAGCAGCAGCAGAUGGCGGCCAGCCAAUCAGGAGCUGCCAGCACAUUCUCAAACAGCACCACUGCUGCUCCUGCCGCCACUGCCACCGCCCCUGCUGACUCGCAACCAACCCAGCAGCAGCAGCAGAGCGGGGCAGUGGCGCCCUCAACAGCAACCUCCGCAGCUCCAGUGGAAAACUCACCCAACUCUAAGCAGAGCGCCCGGGCGGCACAAGCUGCGAAGCUGAGGAUGAGACGGAAAAUGCAGCAGGCGAGGCUGGAGGCGGAGCGGAGAGGCAUGGGAGGAGCAGGAGUGAAAGACGGUGGGAGUGGUAGAACUGGUGCGAGUGGUGGGAAUGGAGGGAAUAAGGGAAGUGGUGAUGGUGAGAGGGAGAAGGGUCCUAUGAAGACCCUGGCAGUCAGAGGCUCUGGUGCUGCGGGCAGUGUCUCCUCCACUGCCUGCAACAGCUGCUCCACCCUCUCGCCUGGUAGACACAGCAUGCCAUCAGCUGCAACAGCUGCUGGCAACGUCUCCCUUCCCACCAGCCAUUGUGCCUUCAACCCCCCUCCUCCUCCUCUGCCCCUCCUUCCAGCUCAGGCGCUGCUGGCAAUAUCUCUUCAACCACUUGCAGCAGCUGCUCCACCCUCUCACCUGGCAGCCGCAUCUCACAGUCUGAUAUGA